AUGUCAAAACAAUUGUACAAUAACACAAGCCAAGUUGUUUAUGACUGGUUUCAUAAAACAGCGGAUCAAGUAAUGCGGGAGGCAGGAAAAGAGGAAGCACGACACGCAAAAGAAACUGGAAGCGUUGACAGCGAUGGAAAUCCCAUGAUAACGGUAAUUGCGCUGGUCAAAAAUUAUGCUGCUUUUUCUGGUGCAGCAGCAAUUAUUGGUGCCUAUACUGGAAAACUGUUAUACUUAGGAACCAAAAAUAAAUACUGUAUGAUAUGUGCUCGUGCAGCUAAUAACAAAAUAUCCCCAAAAAGUUAA